AUGCCAGUCGACUUCGAGAUGUCUCGUCAUAUGUUCGGGGCUCUACUUCUGAUCGCCUGUGUACUGAAUGUUUCAACCUUCAGGAUCAAACGAGGUGCGCCACCGUCGUAUAGUUCAACACCAUAUGUUCAGCCAUAUCUAGAAGGCGGAGUUCUUCAUGGUGGAACGGAAGCUCAAGGCAGGUUCUACCGCUAUACUACACAAGGAUCCCCAAAAUCAUGGACGGUCACUGUCUAUCCGUCGCCAUCGAGAACCACACGAUAUUAUGCACGAAGUCCUGGGAGCUACAGCUGCGGCCGCUGCUCACAUUCAUAUACUACGUACGAUUCAAGAUCCGGCUCCUACGAUGGGGCUGGCUCUCAGGAUGAAUCUCUAGGUUCUCAAAGUUCGAGUUCUAGCAGCUACAGCAGCUCUUCUGGCAGUGGAGCACCAACCAUCAUUGAAACUCAAACCAGCAACAAUGUGCAACUUCUUUCACCAGGAAGUAAUACGUGGAAACCACGCAGCUGCGCCGUAUGCUCCAGCAAUAGAGCGAGGAGUCUGGAAAACUACUAUGGGAAAGAAAUGGAUUCAGCUUCGUCGAUUGACUCCAGCUGGGCACCAGUGAGUCAGCUUUCCAGCUUUUCAAGCAGCUCACAAGGAAGUAGCGCUAGCAACAUUGGUUCAUCAAUUGAUUCCACUUCGGAGAGAACUGCUUCAAGACACAAAGAUAAGCCAAGAAAAUGGCAUGGGCUGGCAUGGGCUUUCCGUCAAGGGAAACCACCAUCUGUUAAGUUCACAUAG